AUGAGUAUAAUGCGAGGGGAGAGGGUGGACAUUCCAAUCCCCCUUCUCCAUCAUUAUUUUGAAGAUACCAUAAAGCCACGGAGGAUUUACGAUAAGAAUGCUAUAAUAUUCGAUGAACAAAAAAUCACAUUUGGUGAAUUAAAUGAACACGCUAAUCUUUUGGCAAGAGGCUUGUUGAAACAACUGGAUGAAGCAUUCAAGAACUGCAAACAUGAAAAAUCUCAUUUGGUUGGUGUUCUCAUUCCCCCGGGAAUAAAAAGGAUGGUCACAGUUCUGAGUGUGUGGAAAUUAGGGUUGGCGUACAUGCCGCUCGAUGAUGGACUCCCUGAGGGGAGGCUGAAAGUUAUGGUCGAUGAAAGUCGACCCGUUUGUGUUGUAACAACUACUAAAGAUCGCAUCGGCAAUAACGCAUUACUUCAGGUUGAUUACGAUGAUGCCAUUUCAACUGCUACUGCUCUCGAAAGUUCUCGUGAAAACCUGUCAAACGAAGAAACAUUUCUCGAUUUGGAAAAUGACGACGAUUGCAUAGCUUGUGUUCUGUACACAUCAGGGACUACUGGCAAGCCCAAAGGUGUAAAACUAAAACAUGGUAAUAUCUUCAAUAGAUUAUCUUGGCAAUGGCGAGAGAUUCCUUUUUCUGAAUCAGACAUAGGGUGUUCAAAGACAUCAUUCUUGUUUGUUGACUUCAUAACUGAAACCUUCGCUUGUUUACUCCACGGGAUUCCUAUCGUUAUUCUCUCCAAGGACACAACAGUUAACCCAGAGUCCUUGAUAAGCGCCCUCGAAGAGCAUUGCGUCACUCGCUUAGUGGCGGUGCCAACACUUUUGAGAAGCAUACUGAUGUAUCUAAAAAUGAACGGCGAAAGCAAUCGCCUGCACAAAACAAAUUUGUUCAUAUGCAGUGGGGAGAAUCUCCCAUUAGAUGUGUUGCGUGGGUUUUUCGAUAUUUUCCCAACCGGACACAGCCUUGCAAAUCUAUACGGAAGUUCGGAAACAACCGGAGAUGUCACAUGCGCAAUAUUCAACAAUAAAGGUGAUGUUGACGCAGGGACAAUGGAUGGUAGUAUAUCAAUAGGGUCAGCAAUUUUCAACACUGAUAUCUACAUAUUGGAUGAUGCUAUGUCCAUAUUGCCCGAAGGAUCAGUUGGUGAAAUUUUUGUCACUGGAUCCAACGUUGCAGAUGGAUAUAUCAGUGAUGAAGCCCCUGACAACUUUCUCCAUAACAGAUUUUCAAACGAAAUUGGGUUUGAUGUAUUGUAUAGAACCGGUGACUAUGGCAGGAUCGUGGGAGAUAAUGUGUUUUAUGAAGGACGUAAAGAUGCCCAAAUUAAAAUCAGAGGUCAUAGGGUCAACACAAAUGAAAUCGUGAGAACAAUUCUAGAGGAUAUUACAAUUGAAGGUUGUGUUGUUUUAGUUUAUGUUACUCCAGGCGGUGCACAAACACUUGUAGCGUUCAUAGCGCCCAAACUUGGUCAGGCAGUUUCUGUUGAGCGAGUACAACAACUGUGUCAGGGCGCCCUGCCAUCAUACAUGCUUCCAAGAAUAUGCAAAGUGGAUAAGAUACCAUUGCAAAAUCACACGAUGAAGGUUGACCAAAGAGCGCUACUGAAGUAUUAUAAAGAUCAAAUUGAAAACGACCCGGGGAGUAGUAGUAUCCUCGAACAAUUUGACGACUCUCUCACUCGCCAAGUAGUUUCCAUAGUGGCAUCUGAAAUUGGUGUCAAUUCAUCAUCGAUUACACUUGCAGACGACUUCUUCAAAAUUGGCGGGAAUUCAAUAAACGCUCUAGCUACAUUAGUGAAAAUGAAAGACGCUGGAUUAAAGAUAAGUAUCGGAGAUUUCCUAAAGGCUAUAAAUAUUGGAGAAAUAAUAGCACUCGCCAGAGCAUCAACGGGAACAUUAAAUCACCAUGGAGACUCACGGAAAUAUCAAGUAUUUCCUCUGAAUGACUGUGAAGACAGAGAUAGCGUAAUCCCUAUGAUGGCCGAAUGUUUCUGCGCCAAAGAGCCGAUGACAUGCGCACUAUCAGCUGAUAAAGAUGCUUUCAUGCUUCACGUCAAGAGCCUCUGGUCAACCGUAUUAGAGGAUCGCCUGUCAGUAGCAGUGAGAAAUACCAGCUCUGGAAGACUGGUGGCUGCUGGGAUCAAUAUUGAUCUCGACUCUGAUUGCGAUGUCUUCUUUCCUCCGAGUCUUGAACCUAUCGGUGCUCUGUUAGAACAGUGUGAAGCCCCUUUGAGAGAGAAGCUAUCGGGGCAUGGGAAAUGGGUUUGCUCGAUGCAAGCUGGGACUGAUGUUUCGGUCCCUGAAAAAGACAAUGUUGCGCUGAUUCACCUUAUGGAAGAAGAGAGUAUUCGAAUAGCAAAGGAAAGAGGAUAUGAUGGUAUGGUGUCUGUCAAUACGCACAUGGUAACUGCGGAUGUCAGUCAGUACAUGGGCUACAUCGUUGAAUACUCUAUUGGAAUAAAGGAUUUUGUCUUCCAAGGAAGGAAACCGUUCAAAGAUCUUCCUGAUAAAAUGCAGGCCAAAUCUAUGGUUAAAUACUUCAAAGAGUGAAAUAUAAUUAACAUAAGUUAUUAUUACUGCAUGUGACGGUCAAUCAUCUUUUGUGCUACUCUGGUUUUGGAAAGUGCCAAAUGACCAUUCUUUAUAAUAGAAAAAGAAUGUACUUUCUUUUUCAUACAACUGGACAUUUUUUCAAAUAAACCUCAACUCAUUCUAUUGUGUUGCGACCUAAGUGGGGGUUUUAAACUUUAAAUACGUAUAAACAACCCUUUUUACACUGUAGGGCGUUUUAAACACAC